AUGCUUUCGGAAUUUAAAUUUUCUUAUCCACUUAUCUGUCCGCUUAUUUGCUUAGCAUUUACAGAACGGUGUAAUAUUGAAUGUGAGAACGGCGGUACGGUAAAUGGCAAUUGCAGUUGUCAAUGUACUUAUGGAUUUGAGGGAAAAAAUUGUGAGCAACUUUCUAGGCGAAAACUUUUUACCGAUCCAUCAUGUGGUAUACAUAACGAAGAACAAGGGAUAAUUUCACUUAGUACAUAUCCGGAAACUCGAGCAGGUGUAACAUUUUGUCAAUGGUUGAUAAAAAGUGCACCAGAAAAGACGAUCGAAUUUUAUAUCAAAGAUUUGGAUUUAGAUGAUGAUAAUGUUCCACCGGAUCAACCAUGCAAUGAUAUUUUUUAUAUUUGGGGUACUAAAAGUAUUAUUAAUCCAAUUUUAUGCGUUAGAAGAAAUAAUCUGAUUGGUGUACGCUUCGAAAGUGAUUCCGAUUGGUUACUAAUUGAAUUGCGGACAAAUCCAUGGUCAGAACGAUCACAUCGUGGUCCACGAAUUAAAUAUCGCCAAGUCGAUGCACCUUAUCAAAGAUCUUUGCGAGCUUUUACAGCCGACGUAUUACCAUCAAAUGCUGCUAGCAAUGUACCGGUAUUUAUUAUCCUGCUACUGCUGACAGUGAUUAAAAGAUAUGAUAAGAUACUGUAA